AUGCGCGGAUCGAAAGACCGCGUGGAGGUGUUUAAGCUGCCGGAGAACCUCUGGUUCGCCGGAACCGCGCAGCUGCCGCCGUUUGAAGGCGCUGCUGACGGUGGCGCCUCCUCUACCGGCGCCGGUGCCGGGAACAGCGGCGGAGAUAGUAACAGCAGCGGAAACCACGGCACCAACGCCGUCGAUUAUCGCGCAUCUGACUCGCCCGACUCGGAAUCGUUGAAGGAGGAGCUGCUUGCGCGGAUUCGCGGCGGCGGACUCAAUGAGAAGACGCGCGAGGCUCUGGCGGGAGCAGCAAUCUCCGCCUCGGAGGCGGCCGCCGCUGCAUCUGCGCCCGCCGCUGCGCCUGCGAGCGCGCCGGCUCCCGCUGUGGAUCCGCUCGAGCAACAGAUGGAACAGCGAUUGGCGGAGGUGGGGGAAUUUUCGGCGCGCUCGACGGAGCUGAAACAAGUGGUGAAGCGGAAACCGGCGGUUGGGUUCCCCGGUAUAAGCCAUUACACCUUAGUGAACAGUGGUACACCACCUAAAUACAAUGAUACAGUGAACCGUGUCUCCCCUCCUGAUGUCGCUCUAUGUGUGGGCAAUGGCUACGUCCUUCACACUGUCAAUAUUGCGAUGGCUGUGUACGACAAGCAGGGGAAGCAGCUCACUCGCAUCAUCACAACCAACGAGUUCUUUGGCAUGCUGCCAUGGGUGGUGGAGAAGAGGGACCCGUUCAACACAUCAGUAUUCGGAGACGAUAUUGGUGACAUGACAUGCACAUAUGACCGCCAGGCCAAGCGCUUCUACCUCUCCACCUACUGGGCUUCUGGAAAAUCCAACAACACGUAUGACAAGUUUGGGCAGACGAGGCGGCGAGGCAACAUCACAGUGGGGGGAGGGCUGAUAGUGGCGGCAUCAACCACAGACGACCCCACGCAGCCAUGGAAUGUCUUCUUCAUUCCUGGCUCCAACGAUGGUAUCAAUUCCAAUCCGGACUGGAGGGCCCCCCUUCACUACAACACGUCUCGACUCACCACUUUUCUGGACUACCCCCAGAUCGGCACAGAUGCCUAUGGAUUUUACGCAUCAAUAAACCAUUUUUCGGAGACAUUUGACCAAUAUUACGGGGCGGGCAUAUAUGCAAUUUCCAAGUCCCAGCUCCAAACGCCUGAAAACGCCACCAUUCUCCGCCUCGCCGUACCUUACACAGAGACCCUCAGCAAUCCAGCCUACACAAUCUACCCUCAGAAGGUCGCUGCUGAUGGGGACUAUGAUUACAGCCAUGGUGGCACCAUGUACUUUGGAUGGACGGGAGUUAACCCCAACCCUGGCGCUCCAAACGAAACCGUGCUCGUCGCCAACUAUAGCACAGUUGGAGCCUUUGCUAUAACGGGGACAAGCGCCCUGGGAACCCCUGAAGCUGAGAGUUUGGUUGAGCCGCACUGUGCUGCUGUCAACACUCCCCCGUUCUUUAAUCCGUUUCCUGUGGAGCAGAAACCUGGGCCAGUUCCUCUUGCUUGGAAGAUGAACCAAACAAUCAAACCCAUCGGCCCUUCGUUUACAGAUGCGAGAGGAGUGGUGGUGUUUCCUGGGAAGAGGCAGAUGUGGUUGGGUUUUAUGUCCGCUUUUGGCAAGGACAUGAGUGCUUCUGCUGCGGUCGUGAGGCUCCGCUUGUCCCUCAGGCCCCAGCGCAAGUGGCGGCCGUUUCGGGUGUUUCUGGAGCGGUUCAAAGCGGUGGGGGUGGGAGGGGGGAACAGCCUCAUUCAGCCGACCAUUGCUCUCAAUAGGCACGGCGUGGGCAUCAUAGCAGCGUCGCUGGCAGGGCGUUCGUUCUACCCCUCAGCUGCCUAUGCCACUCUCAACGCCAAUGUGGAUAUCGGCCGCGUGGUUGUUGCUGGCCCGGGAAAGGCUCCUCUCGACGACUACAAGGGCUACCGCGAGGGCGCAACGGAGCAUCGGUACGGUGACUACAUGGCGGCAACGGUGGAUGAGGAGGGCAACGCGUGGGCGGCAGUGCAGUAUGUGGCUGGUGAGCCCAGGAGUGAGUGGAGCAACUGGGCUACCUACGUGUUCAAAGUGGAUCUGAAUGGGGGGGAGGAAGGGGGGAACGGCGGGGAUGGGGGAAAUGGGGGGGAUGGGGGAAAUGGGGGGAAUGGGGACGGAGGAAAUGGGGAUGACGGCGGAAAUGGGGACAACGGGGGGGAUGGGGGUCAUGUUGGGAGUUAG